AUGGAUAAUAUAAAUAAUUUAAUCAUGAAUCAUAUCGAUAACCGAGCUCUUACAUCAGAACCAAUUUGUUAUAUUUGGGAGAUGAAUAGGCUUAAUUCGCUAAAAAAUUGGCCAAUGAUUAAACCUAGUGCAAAGGAAAUGGCCGAAGCAGGUUUUUAUUGCUCAAACCAGGAUACACCCGAUACGGUUAAAUGCUUUUCAUGUUUCAUCGAAUUGGAUGGUUGGGAACAGACUGACCAGCCUUGGGAAGAACACAGGAACCGAAACUUGUCAUCCAAACCUCCAUGUAAAUUUGUUGAAAUAGGUAAGAAGGAAUCAGAUUUUACAGUAAAAGAUUUCUUAGAUAUUCAAAAGGCUGUGAUACUACGCAUGUUUAAUAAAAAAAAAGAAACAAUUACUAAAACAGCACUAUCUAAUCACAAAAAGAAAAAAUCAGCACUGAAGAAAGAACUAAAAAAAAUGGGAUUUUCUUAA